AUGAUUGACGCCGCCAGCAAGCUCACCGCGACGGAAGCCCUGGGCGUGACGCGCGUCUUUUCCAUCAUGCUCAAUCUCGUCAACGCCGCCGAAGUCCAGCACCGCAACCGACAGAUUCGGGCACACGAGUCCACCAAGGACCCCUCCGGUGGCCCUCUCCCCAAAACGGAAGAUUCCAUUCGCGGAACCAUGGAGACGCUGUUGGAAUCGAAACAGGCGACACCGGAAGAAAUAUUUGCCCAGCUGCAGAAGCAAAAAGUGGAAAUCGUCCUGACGGCUCAUCCGACUCAAGUCCAGCGCAAAUCGCUUCUGCGCAAGUACCGUCGCGUUUCGGAGAUGCUCGCUUAUUUGGAGCGACCCGAUUUGGAUGGUUUUGAAAAGUCGUCCGCCCAAACGAGCUUGCAAACAAUCUUGAGCAGCAUUUGGGGAGCUGACGAAAUUCGAAGACAAAAACCGACACCACAACAAGAGGCCGCAGGGGGUAACGCAAUAUUGGAGUCGGUUUUGUGGGACGCGGUGCCAGCCUAUCUGCGCAAAUUGGAUCAACAGUGCCGACUUACCCUGGGGCAGUCGCUGCCCGUGGACGUAUGCCCCAUCAAGUUUGCUUCCUGGAUCGGUGGGGAUCGCGAUGGUAACCCCAACGUGACGCCCGAAGUUACCCGCGAGGUUGUUCUGCAACAACGAUUGCGGGCUGCUCGUUUGCUUCUCAAGGACAUGUACGAUUUGAUCUCCGAAUUGGCAAUUUCUAGCCGCUUUUCGCCCGCCAUGGAUGCCUUGGCAGAUUCCGUCAAGGACUCGCAGCAUAAGCGUGAAAAGUACCGUCGUGUGAUUGGACACUUGAUCAAACGUCUCGUCAAAACGGCCCGUGAAUGUGAAUUAGAAUUGUCGAAACUCAACACCUCAGCUAGUAUGGUCAGUCAGACUCUCGUUGAGGAAGCAGUGGAUGGUUGGCAAGACGUCGAUGCUCUUGACGAUGCGACUGAUUUGAUCAAGCCUUUGCGCAUAAUGUACGAUUCGUUGGUUGAAACGGGCUUCGGUUUGGUGGCCGACGGUUUAUUGGUCGAUAUCAUUCGUCGAUUGUAUGUGUUUGGUAUGUCCCUCGUGCCCUUGGAUAUUCGCGAGGAGAGUACCAAGCACACGGAAGCGUUAGAUGCCAUUACGCGUUGGUUGGGAAUUGGCUCCUAUAGUGAAUGGACCGAAGAGGCUCGUCUCAGCUGGUUGACUUCUGAGCUUUCCAACAAACGUCCCUUGUACCGAAUUCGCGAAUUGCCCAAGCUGGGUUUCAAUGACAGUGUCUUGAAGACGCUCAACGUAUUCGGCACCAUAGCUACCCUACGACCAUCUUGUUUGGGAGCCUACGUCAUUAGUCAGGCGCAGACCGCAAGUGAUGUCUUGGCCGUCAUGCUUUUGCAAAAGCAGUACGGUAUGACGGACAAGAACAGAAACAUGAUGCGUGUGGUUCCGUUGUUUGAGACCUUGAAUGACUUGACCAACGCGCCCGACAAACUCGAACAGCUCUUCAGUAUUCCGCUUUACGUCGGCGCCGUCAAAGGGAAACAGGAAGUAAUGGUCGGGUAUAGUGACAGUGCCAAGGAUGCCGGACGUCUGGCUGCCUGCUGGGCGCAGUACAACUCGCAAGAACGAAUGGUGAAGGUAGCGGCGAAGCACAACAUUGAAUUGACUUUCUUCCACGGCAAAGGGGGUACCGUAGGACGUGGCGGUAACCCAUCCGUCUAUCGUGCCAUUAUGAGCCAUCCGCCCAAUACCAUUAAUGGCCGUUUCCGGGUGACGGAACAGGGUGAAAUGAUAACGCAAAACUUUGGAGCUCCGUCCAUUGCUGAACGAACUUUGGACAUUUACACGGCUGGCGUAUGUCGCGAAGCUUUUUCUGAGCGCGUGGAACCGUCGCAAGCAUGGCGCGACCAGAUGCAACGGAUCUCCGAUGUGAGUUGUGCCGAGUACCGCCACUUAGUCCGUGAGGAACCGCGGUUUGUUCCCUACUUUCGCCAGGCGACACCGGAGUUGGAACUCGGAAGUUUGAACAUAGGCAGUCGUCCGGCCAAACGUAACCCGAAAGGCGGUAUUGAAAGUCUCCGCGCGAUUCCGUGGACCUUUGCUUGGACGCAGACGCGCACACACUUAUCGGCGUGGCUGGGAGUUGGCGCUGGUCUCACAACGACAGAUCAAAGCGAAUUGAAGACGCUUCGAGCAAUGUACAUUGAAUGGCCUUGGUUUCGUGAAACUAUUGAUCUAAUUGCCAUGAUUGUAUCCAAGACAGACUUUUCCAUAUCCAAAAAUUAUGACGAUCAACUGGUGGAAAAGAAAGAAGGUUUGUUGAAGCUGGGAGACGAGGUCAGGGAGAAAAUGGUGCAAACUCGUCAAGCUGUUCUUGAUGUGACCGAGUCUACGGAUGUUGCUGGGGCUCACGUCGCCCUUAUGCGAGGGUCGUCGACCAUUCGUCAUCCAUACGUCGAUCCGGUCAACGUUAUUCAAGCCGAAUUGCUCAAGCGAUUGCGAGUAAUGGACAAGAAAAAGUCUCUGUUGGCGGAUGAAAUGGAAGAACAAGAAAUUUUAAAGGAUGCCCUGAUUAUCAGUAUCAAUGGCAUCGCUCAGGGAAUGCGAAACAGUGGAUAAAGUGCUCCAUAAUAUUCUCGGUGGCUCGGCAACCGUUACAAUGAGUGGGGGUCUCUAGUGAGAAGAGUAGGUUGUUCUGUAAGCUAACUUGACUUUAUGAUCGAAUG